AUGGGUCCCUUCCCCGGAGGAGCUGCAAGCAACGGACAGAUCGCUUCAGAUGCGCUGAGGGUGUGGAUUUGGGUGCCAGAGGGUGAGGAGAUUCCAGUCGGCGCCAUCGUCCCCCAUGAAGCCUUCCUACCACAUGCAGAUCUGGAAGAUGAGGACUUGGAUCUAGACGACAUGGAGGCCCAGGGUUCAGCUCAGUUUGGGCUGGAUGAGUUGGAGCAGAAACUUGAUCAGACAACCAACGCAGGCUUUUCGGACCCAUCAACCUUCCAGGCCUGGCAGCCAUUCCCAGCAGAGGCUACAGACCAUGACGUCCCAUCGACGGCUUGGCAUCCGUUCGAUUCGCACAUGGAUGUGCCUCAAGAUCAUCAGGUGGCAUUCAAUCUCCAAAGUGGCGACGUCCAGCAGUUGCCUGGUUCGCAGAUAUCUUCCGGCGCUAUGGUGCAGAGCAGCCAGCAGGUCCCGCAGUUACCUGGUUCGCAGUUGUCUGCCCGUCCAGCGGUGCAGAGCAGCCAGCAGGUCCCGCAGUUGCCUGCUUCGCAGAUCUCUGCGGGCCCUGUGAUGCAGAGCAGCCCGCAGGUAGCUCCGAGCUCCGCGCAGCAGACUCCGCGAGAGCAGGGGUGGAACCCUUGGGCAACAAAUCUUGGCGCGAACGAAGCGGCGUUCUGGGGCAGCGUUUCAGGGAAUGACAUGCACAGGCGGAUCAUCGGCGAUAUCGGAGCCUUUGAUUCUGGCGAUUUUAGGUCCUCACCUGCAAUGAACAGUCGGCCAAGCAUGCCACCAUCCCCAGCGCAGUCUGGGUGUGCUUGGACCUCUGGCUGCGGCGUUCUGCAAGCAAACCACCAGGAGAUGCAAAGCUUGGAGGGCACAGCAUUUUGGCAGCUUCCGCCAACUGCUACGAAGUCUGGUGCCUUUCCGAGCGGACCCCUCUCUCAGCUGCAGUCCCAGAAUCAGGUUCGAAGCACUCACGAGAUGCUGGCCGCACCUGCAAGCCAAGGCUCUAUCGCAAUGGGAAGCAAACCUUCUCUGCCUUCCAACGAAUCUGCUGGACGGACAUUGCUGACUUCUACCAGUGAAGGGCUCGAAGUGACAUAUGCCAUCGCCAAUCCGCCAGGCCAUAUGCCGAUUAGCACGCCGAACAUGAGUCACCUUCCUGCGUACUGUGCUGGCUCUGUUGGAAACAGCCAAAGGUCCACCGGCUGCUUUGCCGCACCCUGGCCGGUGCCAUGCACCGCUCCAGGUCAGCUCCGAGGCGCAACUCCCGGGGGUGUGCAUCUGCUGGACGUGACUGGCCUUUACCAGGAGCCCAACCUUUCACAGCCCGGUUCAGUUCACGGGCGUGAUGUGCUGGGCCCGAUGCGCCCUGACGAGAGCUACCAUUCCAGAGCUGCGCAGACCUGGAUGAAUGACCCCCGACUCGCGCGGCAGCCUGUGGCCCAAGUGGCUCAGCGCAAUCGUCAUGCCACUCCGGUCCUCUUGGACGUUAGCUUGGGGCAUCGCGGGUAUGCCCCUGACGACUGA